UCAUAUUACGUUAAUCCCACGAGUCCUUUUUAUAACUGCGAGCGACUAGGGUUUAGCUCACAGUCACAUUCUCCAUUCAUUCAGCAGCUUCACGCAAGAGGCCGACGCCGUCGCAGCUUACCAGUGAACCAGAAGAUAUGGCGACAGUACCUGCCGUAAACGAGGGAGAAAAGGUUCACAGCGGCGUGUUGCUUUUCAACCGCUGGUCCUACGAUGAAGUUCAGAUUAGUGACAUCUCAGUGGAAGACUACAUCACUGCUACGGGAGCCAAGCAUCCAACAUAUAUGCCUCACACAGCUGGGAGGUACCAAGCAAAGCGAUUCAGGAAGGCUCAAUGCCCCAUUGUUGAGAGGUUGACCAACUCCCUGAUGAUGCAUGGGAGGAACAAUGGGAAGAAGCUCAUGGCAGUUCGAAUUGUUAAGCAUGCCAUGGAGAUCAUUCAUUUGUUAACUGACCUGAACCCCAUUCAAGUCAUUGUUGAUGCUGUUAUCAACAGUGGGCCAAGGGAAGACGCUACCCGUAUUGGGUCAGCUGGGGUGGUAAGAAGGCAGGCAGUUGAUAUCUCGCCUCUGCGCCGUGUCAAUCAGGCUAUUUAUCUGCUCACAACAGGUGCCCGGGAGAGUGCUUUCAGGAACAUAAAGACCAUUGCUGAGUGCCUUGCUGAUGAACUUAUCAACGCAGCCAAAGGAUCAUCAAACAGCUAUGCUAUUAAAAAGAAAGAUGAGAUUGAGAGAGUUGCCAAGGCCAACCGUUGAGAGUGGAAUACUGAAGUUUUUGAGAAGUUGCACCUGGCUUGUUUUCUUAAAUUCGGUUUAGGGAGUUCACUGGUUAAUCUUUAGCAAAACUAUGAAUGGGUGAAAUGUUUUACCUGUUACAAUACAGCAGUACCGGGUUUUGUUUGCCUUUUGACUUUAUUUUUGUUGAGAUAUGAAAACUUGCUGGUUUAUAUUUA